UGUAUCACGAGGACCUCAAAGCGGAAGCGUCUCGUGCAUCUGAUUAACGUCAAAAGCAAAACUAACAAUUGUGCUUUAGAUUAACCUCUUAAGAGCUGUUUUUAAAAACAACACCACACCAUUAUUUUUAGGAUAAAGGGCAGUUUAGCUACUCUGAAAUGUCGUCGGAGGAAUUUGAGAAGCUCCAUGAGAUCUACAAAUCUCUGUUCGAGGAGCUGAAGCUGCUGCCGGAGAAAGCUCUGAGGAGCCAGGGAGAGGAAAGGAAGAGACUGGUGAGGACCUUCGAUGAGAGGAAGGGGGAGGCUGAGGAAGUGUUACAGGGAAUGGAUGAAGAGCUGCGUUCUGCUCCGUCCGCCUUCAGAAACAUGAUGAGCACAAAACUGCGGAUGUACAACCGAGACCUGGGGAAGCUGCAGAGAGACAUGAAGACCUCCGAUUCUGGGUCCUCUGCUCAGGCGGGGGUGGGGAGUCAUCCAGGCAUCUACUCAUCCGAAAACCAGCAGAGUGUGAGUGUGUGUUGGCUUGUGAUAUGUUAGAAAUGCUGUUUGAGCACCACGUCCUCUCAUCAUGAGGGUUAUCAACUGUUAGGAAAAUAUCCCUCAUCACCGGCUUGAGCUUCAACCUCAGGAUCCAUGUAUCUGUGAUCCUCUCCAGAAUGGAAGUAGUCAUCAC